AGGCUGUACGGAUACGGUGGUAUUCCCUGGUGAACUGGCCCAGAGGGAUGCUGCAGAGGCGAUGGUUUUCGACGAUCCGAAAGGGCAAGACACUGUCGAGCGCUCGAUGGCUGGCACGGCAGCAAAAUGACCAUAUCGUGAAACAAGCUAAACGAGAGGGACUCAGGUCGCGAGCCGCGAUUAAAUUGCGUGAGUUGAACGCGAAGUACAACCUGAUUCGCAAAGGCAACGUAGUCCUUGACCUUGGAGCAGCCCCGGGUGGUUGGUCGCAGAUUGCAAUUGACGAAUGCCGCAAAGGAAGUCCAUCAUCGACACCUGCCGAUGCGCCUGUCCAAGUCGUGGCCGUCGAUUUGCUACCAUUCGAUGCGUUUCCUGGUGUGGGCGUGGUGGUGGGGGACUUUCGCCUUCCCGAAGUGCGUGAAAAGAUUGCAGUCCUGAUGAACGGACGGAAAGCAGAUGUAGUCCUUAGUGACAUGGCCCCAUCUUUCUCCGGCAUCAGCUUCCGAGACUGCGAGGAGCAGCUUCGUCUGUGCCAAAAUGCCUUGCGUAUGGCCAGGCUCUAUUUAAAACCUGGCGGGCGAUUCGUGGCCAAGAUCCUUCGGUCACCCGCGGGCGACCAAUUCCGACAAGAAAUGAAGCCGUUCUUCACCGACGUCAAGACGUUCAAACCAGAUUCGUCCCGCACGGAAUCUGUUGAGAUUUUUGCAGUCGGUUUGGGCUUUCGAAUCCCGCCUCCGUCGUCAUAACUUCGGAUGCAUGCAAACUUUUACUCGUUGUAUGUUGCA